AUGGGCUUCCUACAAGAUAUGACCAAGAGGCUACCAACCUCGAAAGAUAAGAUAGACACAUUUGACGACCUACCGCGCCGCAAUGAAAAGACGUCGUCUCGACUAUCCUUCUUUCGACGUAGGAUACGACUGAAGGGGAGCUCCUCCGUCUCGAUACCUCUGGGCCUGGUGCUCCUGUUUCCAUGUCUCGUUAUAAUAAUAAUCAUAAUCCUGUUCGUGAAAUCGCCAGACUCGCAGGGCAUUAUGAACAUGCCAGCCGGCGGUCCACCAUCAAUAAGACGGAUAAGCGAAAAGUACGAUAAGCCAUUCGCAGUAGGCUGUCUCGAGCCACAGGUCAACGGACCCCGAGCAAACGCCGCAAUCGUAGUCCUGGCGAGAAACAAGGAGCUAGACGGUGUCAUACAGUCGGUCAAGUCGCUCGAGAGACACUUCAACCGGUGGUUUCACUACCCAUACGUCUUCCUCAACGACGGAGAUUUCAACGAGACGUUCAGAGAGACUGUUUUAAGCCACGUCAGUGGUUCGGUGGAGUUUGGAAAGAUACCUCCAGAGCAAUGGGGCUUCCCCGAUUGGGUAGACCCAGAGGUUUACAAGGAGGGAAUCGCCAAGCAGGGUGACAGGGCCAUUAUGUACGGUGGCAUGGAGAGCUACCAUCACAUGUGCCGGUUCUACUCAGGCCAAUUCUACAAACACGAACUACUCGCCAAGUAUGAGUGGUACUGGCGUCUCGAACCCGAAAUCAAAUUCUUCUGCGACAUCACAUACGAUCCAUUUAUCCACAUGAUUCGAAACAAGAAGACGUACGGGUUUACCAUUGCAGUGAAGGAACUGAGGGAGACCGUGCCCAACAUCUGGAGAUAUGCGUCAGCAUACAAGCGGAAUAAUAACCUGACUUCGAAAGGCAUGUGGGAAAUGUUUGUGGAGAAGCCAGAGAAGAAGGACGAGGAACUCAAGACAGAGCCUAAGAAGAAGAACUUCUUUCCCCAGGAUAUCAUGGAUACCGAGUUCGGCACAGAAGCCAUGCCGGACAUCCAUCCCGAGAACAUGGAAGGCGAAUCAUACAACAUGUGUCAUUUCUGGAGCAAUUUCGAAAUCGCCAAUCUCAACUGGUUCCGAAGCAAGGAAUACAACGACUUCUUCGAGUUGAUGGACCGUAGCGGCGGCUUCUGGAUGGAGAGAUGGGGAGACGCGCCUAUCCACUCACUGGCCGUUGGAGCACUACUUGGUCCUGAGGAUAUUCACUACUUCCGCGAUUUCGGAUACCGGCAUACCACGAUUCAGCAUUGUCCCGCCAAUGCCCCCGCCCGGCAGCUCGCACGCGAGCCAUACCUAGAGAAGACAACACUCGACGAGAAGGAGCGACUGGAAGAAGACAAGUACUGGGCACAAUACGACCCCGUCAAAGAGAAUGGCGUCGGCUGUCGCUGCAGAUGCGACACGGACAUUGUCGACGUGGAAGGCAAAGAAGGGUCCUGUCUUACAGAGUGGGUGGAAGUUGCCGGUGGUUGGGCGUCGCCCGGACCAGAUGGACCAUGA